UCUGCUCUGGCUCUGUCCGGGUGCACUUCUUCCCGCCUCUGAUCCCUUCGAACUUAUUAAUUUUGCUUAUGUUUAAUCUUAUUAAAUUAGGUUUUUCUUUUCUACUGGUUCUGUUAUUGCAUUCAUCAAGCGGAGGUAUUUUGGAUCGACCACCACCCGGUCCUCGAACGCCUCUAUCUGCAAAUUCUGAUUACUCAUUUGUUCUGCUCCCACUCGAACACCAACUCCGAUCUUCUACUCAAAUUUAAUUCUGAGACUACCCAAUCGAAACCCUUUAGUUUUUGACGAUGGUAAUGAAAACCAGAAACGAGUGGGAGAAAUACAUGUACGAAAAGGCGGGCUAGGGUUUUGAAAUCGUAGGAGUCUUGUAGAGAAAGUGGAAAAGGGAGGUAGAGAUUGGGGAAAACAGAAUCAUUCACUAAAAUUAGAAACAGAGGAUAUGUUUUUUUGAUGAAAAAGAACAAGGAUCAAAUGGGUUCUCCCAAAGUUCUUCGAAUUAAGGAAACAUCAACGGGGAAGACCAUGUCUGCGCACUGAAAAUGGCAGAUUUAGAAAAUUACCCACAUGGCGGACGUGAUCAAGAUGGCAUCAUCAUUGUCGACCAUGGCUUGCGUCGAAAAGAAUCCAAUCUCAUGCUAAAUGAAUUUGUUGCCAUGCUCAGAGAUGAAACUGGGUAUCAAAUUGUGGAGCCUGCUCAUAUGGAGUUGGCAGAACCAUCAAUAAGAGAUGCAUUUGGUUCAUCUGUUCAACAAGGAGCAAAUGGUGUGAUAGUAAGCCCCUUUUUUCUCUUUUCUGGACGACACUGGCAUAAGGAUAUUCCUUCCUUAACUGCUAAUGCUCUAAAAGUGUAUCCUGGCGUGCCAUACAUCAUAACUGCUCCUCUUGGCUUGCACAAGCUUCCUUGUGGUAUGCUGGUAUUUACGUUAAUCUUGCAAAGACUUUUUGAGUCAUCACCAUAUUUUCAAAUUGUGCUUAGCUUUAUUUUUAGUUAUCCUUACUUGAUUAAUAUGUAGAUUAUUCAUGAGUACAGGGGGGAUGACAAUACUACUCAGUUAAUGCAAUUAAAUCAAGCUUUUACCCAAUAUCUCCAUGAAACCAGUAUUUAUUUGUGUUAAAACGAAAACUUUCAUCCUUAUUAUUACUGAUUUUCACCAGCUUCCAAAAAUAUAGUUGGUUAUAGUUGGUUCACAGUUGAUUAACAGUUGAGUCAUCAGUGAACAUGGGUGAGUUCAGAGUGAUGAUGUUCAAGAACCAUCAAAAGUGGAAGCAAAGAGGGUAAAAUAGCUCGAUUCAUUUUUUUUUUAAAUUGAGGGUGUCUUUAUUUGGUUUUUUAAAACAAUUGUUCCUAUUGGUGCCUAAGUAAAUUUUCCUCAAUUUUUUGGGGCAAUCCGGUCCCUCGGAAUAGUUCCAUUUCUUAAAAAAAUGUGACUUGAUCGUUUAGCUGGAAGUAAAUAUUUUUUGAUAUAUCAACUUAAAGUUUUUAAACCUUUUGUUGAAACAUAAUUACAAUAGGUGUUUCAUAUGAAAAGUGUGGAACACUAAUAGAGGCUCAGUUAAUUGUUUAUAAACUGAAAAAUGUGUUGUAUCUAUUUUUUAGAAAAGAAAAUGUCACUCGGUGCAUAAGAAUGUGAAUCUUGAUUUUGUGGCAAAAUGAAAAUGCUUUGAUCCCUCAAGUUGUACCAACUCGAAAAGACGUGCCUUGAAAUUUCAAUUCAAAGUAAAUAUGUUUUGGUAUGUCAGUUUGAAAGUAAAAGUUUCUUUGGUGACACACUUUCUUAUGGAGAGUUAGGCAACCUUUCACUUAGUGAUGGCAAUGUGCUUUUCCAAUCUAUUUUUAGAAUGGACGGAAAAAUUUGAUGAUUGGUUAUGAGAAUUAUCAUUUUAUGUGAUGAAACUUGUCGCUCUUCAUCUUGAAGCCACAUUGAUAAUCUUGAUGUAGUUUUGUUCCUCAGUAAAAGUGCCUCAAUUUGAUGUUUUAAAACCGACACUGUAUUAACUAAUUCUUUGAAAAUAAACGUGCCUCGUAUUUAAGCAAAAACUUAGUUUUUGAGGAAAAGUAAAAUUCCUUCUAUCUCUCAGUUGGUCGGAAUAUAAAAAUAAAUAUGCUUUGAUGUUUUGCUUGCAAGUAAGUAUUCUUUUGGUGUGUGGUUUUAAAGCUUUUUUGUUUUUGUUAAAAAAUAGUUUCUUUUUGAAAUAUAAAAAAUAGUUUUCUUAUGGUGUCCUGCAUUAAAAGUGAUGUGAGCAUGGAUCAUCUUGGGUCACAUGGAAGAGACAUCAUCAUGCCAAGUGGGCCCAUAACAAAGAGCCAUACCCAAAGAUUACAACAAGCUUUCCAACUCUUCAUCCAAGUUUGGAUUAAUUAGGAAGAUGGGUUUGGACCCACUAAAGAAGCCCAA